GAGUUAUAUGUCAGUACGGAAUAGUUCAAUCGUGAGAAUGAGCGGUACAAUUGUGGUUCUGCUGGGUCUGGUUGUUUUAGGGAUAACGCAGGGCCACGAAGAUGCUGAUAACAUGGUACAGCUUGAUGGAGGACAGUUUGAUAUGGGAACAAAGGCCUCUGAUGGUAAAGAUGGUGAAAGCCCUGUCAGGCAGGUGAAAGUUCUGCCUUUUGCUGUUGACAAGUAUCCAGUUACCAACAAAGAUUUCAGGGAAUUUGUGCGGGCAAAGAAAUACAAGACUGAAGCAGAGGCAUUUGGGUGGAGUUUUGUAUUUGAAGACUUUGUAUCAGAGGAACUGAAGAAAAAAGUUACUCAGAAACUGGAGUCAGCUCCAUGGUGGCUUCCGGUAGAAAGAGCUUUUUGGCGUCAGCCUGCCGGCCCCGCAUCAGGUAUAAAAGAGAAGUUGGACUACCCUGUUGUACAGGUUAGCUGGAAUGAUGCACAAGCAUAUUGCAAGUGGCUUGGGAAAAGGCUACCUACAGAGGAAGAAUGGGAAUUUGCUGCAAGAGGAGGACUUAAGGGUAAAGUGUAUCCAUGGGGAAAUACAUUUAAGCCCAACCGCACCAAUCUCUGGCAGGGCACAUUUCCUGGAAUGGACACUGCAACAGAUGGUUAUCAUGGGGCAUCUCCUGUAGCAGCUUUUCCUGCACAAAAUGAGUAUGGCCUGUAUGACAUGCUAGGGAACACGUGGGAAUGGACAGCCACUGAAUACACAUCUGCUAGGGCUCAAAAGCAAAAUAAAGAGAAUAUGUAUGUUCUCCGUGGGGCUUCAUGGAUUGAUACUGUGGAUGGCUCAGCCAAUCACAAAGCACGGGUAACAACCAGAAUGGGUAAUACACCAGAUUCAGCCUCAGAUAACUUGAGUUUCCGCUGUGCAAAAAACAGAAGGAAAUCUAAAACAGAAGACAAAAUGGACUUAUGAGCAAAUUGUCUUUAAAUGACGAAUGUGAAAUAAAAGAGGGUAACACAGAAGAUGCAGUAUUUUUGCAAGACUGCAGGUGUUUCCAGACCACAAACUUCUUAUUGAGGAUAAGAAUUCCGAGCAAAUCUGUAGAUGAAGACAUUGAUCACAUGUAAAUAAGCCAACCAGCUCCAAAGAGCAUAAUAUGUUUUGCUGUACGCAAUGCAACUACACACAUUUUUCACUGUAGAGACUUUUUCACAAAGUAAAAGAUUUGCAUUUUAUAUCAUUCCAAUGACAACAAAAGUAUUAAAGAUUGUAAUUAUGAAUUUUAGCACAAUGCGAUUGUUGCUUAUGCUAGUUGUUUUGAGUGACUUACAUAUGGGGGGGUGAAAUUAAAGCUCACCACAGAAAAAUUCACUCACUCUCCAUUCCUAAGGGAUUUUAGAGGGAUAUUAUUUGAUGGUGAACUUUAACUUUCAUCCAUUGAAUAGACUUCUAAAAAUCCCAUAGGAAUAAAAAGAAAGUGGUUAAAUUUUUCAGUGGUGAGCCCUGGUUUCAGACUGAUAAAUUUGCUACCUAAUGUCAAACUGCUGCUUUUCUUUUCUGCAGGAGAAGGCCUUCCUAUGAGCAAGAGAUCGAAGAAUACACAACUGUAUCUGAAAAUCAGCCAUGUUUUUCAUGGAGCCAUCUUUCUUUUUAGAUACUUGAAUGCAAAAUCCUUUCAUUUUGGGUGUUACUGGCCUUUCUUAUUUAUCCUGGUUUUUAUUUGGCUUACUAGAAUGUUCCAGACUUUUGUUCUGAUCACUCCCCAAGCUGUGCAAUUGGAAAUACUAAAUUAGUCUUGAACACAAAUAAAACUGUUAUUCCCCCCCCA